AUGUGUAGAUACCUAACACAUAACUGGACUGUCUAUGUACGUGGAGCUACAAAUGAGGAUCUUGGUGUGGUUGUUAAAAAGGUCAUCUUCAAGUUGCAUCCAAGUUUCAAGACCCCUACUAGAGUUGUUGACUCACCUCCUUUUACUUUGUCUGAGUGUGGCUGGGGAGAGUUCAAGAUCGAUAUCACCAUCUUCUUCCACGCUGAUGCUUGUGAUAGGAAGCUCCAACUGUCUCACUUGUUGAAGCUCAACCCGGACAUCUACACUGGUCCUCAGUCUCCUAACGUUCCUGUUGUCACUGAGUCUUACAAUGAGAUUCUCUUCCCUGACCCUCUUCACUCUUUCCUCUCCCGUGUCUAUAAUCACCCUGCUGUUCAUGUCUCUAAGCUCCCACUCGGAUUCAACCUGCCUCCUCCAGGUGUCGCUGACUAUAAUAAGAUUAAGAAAGGACACACCAAAGAUCAUCCUCUUAGCCCUUGGUUUCUUAAGUUCUCAGACGCAGAUGAGCUUUUCAAACUUACCGCUACUCGUCACAAGGUACAAGCUGAUAUCGCCGAGCUUAAAAGACAGUUGCUCAUGGUAGAUGCGAAACCUGAACAGUUUUAG